AUGUAUUUUAUUUUAUACAUAUUAAUUGGUAUUUUGUGGGGGUGUACAAACGUGUUUAUAAAAAUUGGAUGUAAAGAAAAAAAAAAAGAAAAAAAAAACGAAAAAAAAAAAGAAAAAAAUACAAUAGAAGAAAUUAUUACAAUAUUAAAAAACAUCAACAUUAUUUUACCAUAUUUAUUAAAUCAGAUUGGGUCUAUGUUUUAUUAUUUUUUAUUGUUUAAAUCGGAUAUAUCAUUAACAGUUCCAUUAUCAAAUGUAUCAUCUUUUGUUUUUACAUAUAUUACUGAAAUUGUUAUUUUAAAAAAAAAUGUUUCAUACAAAUCUGUAUUAGGGUUAACAUUAGUUUGUAUAGGAUUAAUUAUUUGUUUAAACUCUUAA